GCUCGUGACGUCGCUGCCGUUGCAGAUCAUUGCCUUCGACGAGCUCAAGAAAGAUCUGCGCGCGUCCACGGAUCCGGAGAGCAACCCCAAUCAGACGCAAAUGGAGCGGCUAAGGAAGGUGGAGCGCAUCUGCCGAAUGCUGAAAAAGAUCAUAUCGCCUGAGUACUUCAUCCACGCACUCUUCUGCCUCAUGUUCCUCUGCGCCAUGGAGUGGCUCACGCUCAGCCUCAACACUCCGCUGCUGUGCUACCACGUGUGGAGGUACUUCCACAGGCCCCUGUUAGACGGCCUGUACAGCCCCACGAGCCUGACGAACGUGGAGGUGCUGGGCUACUGCCAGCGGGAAGGCUGGCUCAAGCUGGGCUUCUACCUUCUCUCCUUCUUCUAUUACCUCUACAACAUGAUAUACACGCUCAUCGCUAACGUAUAGAGAGGAGAGGAGAGAGACAACAACUGGACAUCCGGAUGAAUACGAAGAGACAUUUUUUUUAAACAAAAGCGAACAGCAAAGACCACUGGACAACGAUGACUGGGAGUUGUUUUUUGCGGUCUUAUUUUUUUUGUAUUCCCGGAGAAGACUGCGACUACUGCUGCUGCUGCUGCUGGUGGUCGUGGUGUUUCUCUCGCUCGCUCGCUCGCUCCCCCUCUCUCUUCAAAAACAAAACCUCUGAACGGUGGAUUCGGCAUCUGCCGCUCAACUGGCGGAGGAGUCUCAUCCACUGGGGGUGUGGGGUGGCCACGUGGUGCUGGUGGUGGUGGUGGGGGGCUGGCGGGGACGACUUCUCAAGCGACGGCGAAACUUCACUUUUGUGCGUGGGUUCAAUCGGCAGCGAGGAGUGGCGAGCGGUGGCGGUGAACACGACGGAGCUCAUCUGAACCCCCCCCACCGCCGCCCCCGCCGCCGCGUUCCGACGGCGCGCGGAGGAGCCGAGGGAGGGGGGGGCAGGGGAGAGCCUCUUCGUCCGCAUCCUGGGAAAGAGGAAAAGAAAUAUUUUACAAACUUACGCUGCUUCGUGUGUAUCAUGGCUCGCUCUGGUUUUUUUUGAUCGCGGGAAGAUUCUGAAAUGAAUUAUGUUCUUAAUUUUUUUAACCGCGCAAACUGGCGCAGAAAAACUCUUUUCCAAUGACUUCGCGAUUGACGGUUUUGGUUUUAUUUCAUGGGUUUUGUGUGUGUGUGUGUCUGUGAGCAGAAGAAUAACGGGAGGAAUUUUUUCAGAUAUUGCCCGAUGGUGGAAACCCUCUGGAGAUGUGUAAUGAGCGAUGUGACGUGACCUCAGUUAGUUUUGAAUUCGCGAUGGAGAUUUAAAUUCGCCGGUGAGAAGGAGAUUUGGAAUGAGCGAUGGACGGGAACUCUGUUGGUUUUGAAUUCGCGAUGGAGAUUUAAAUUCGCCGGUGGGAAUGAGAUUGGAAUUAUCGAUGGGAGGGAACCUCUGGACAUUGGAAUUAACAACAACAAAAACACAAUGUGGAAUUUUUCGAUUUAAAGCUUUCGUGACUGCAGGGAUUCAUCUUUUUGGUUCUUUCGGUAAAGUCACGUAGAAGGGAAGUAAUAAAAUAAUAAAAAAUAAAACAUAAUUAAAUAAUUCUGCUGCUGCUUGCGUUGUGGCCGAAACGUCGUGAGAAUUAUUUAAUUAUGUUUUAUUUUUUAUUAUUUUAUUACUUCCCUUCUACGUGACUUUACCGAAAGAACCAAGAAGACAUUGUGGAAUCUCACAAACAAAAUGCUUUCCUGGCACCCCAUGACCCCCUUCCAGACGAGCGUGGCAUCUCCUUCGUGUCGCGGGUCUCACUUCUCAGAAUCGUCCGUGCGAUGGGAAAUCUGCGCGCGGGUGUGCGACGGUUAUCCGCUCGACAUGAUGAUCUUUUGUUACUUUCUCAAACGACGGGAGAUAUUUGUCUUCGGGGUUUAUAUAUGUACACCAAUCCAUCGUCCCGUUUGCUACUGGCGUAUACACAAGUGUCAACGUGCAACGGCUCUCGCCUGCUAUUUUAUAGGCUUUGUCAUUUUUUUUUAAAACAACGCGUGGUUGCCAGAUCUACAAACUCCGAUGCUGCUGCUGUUGCUGCUGUUGCUUCCCUGCCACGGCGCGUGUAUCGGUGUUGUAGCCCCGCGGGCUUCGUCCGUCUGUCCGUGUUAGCAGAGGCUCGGGUGGGGAGGGCU